UCUUCUUGCUUGCGUCAUGGUCGGCGGUCAGUUUGACAAGAAGGACAUAGUUCGAAUUGAUAAAAGUUCUGCUCUUCGUCAACUCGGCCCAUCUCUUUUGGCGCAGUUUCGACAAGCACUCUGGACAUGCGAUGGACAUAGCACAGGAGUUGCACGCCGAGCAUGGAACCUCCUCCAUGUCAUCUGUCGCAUGCUUGAACUUGCUCGAGCUGAUGUGCCUUCAUUCCAACAGGCGUUUAGCCAGAAUUUGGACAUGUGCAGGAAGAUUUUUUUACAAGCGAGGUCAUCCGAACAGAAUGAUCCCUCGGGUUCAAUGACACCUUUGCGACACAUGCUGCGCUUCACGCUCGCCACUGCCUGCCCAUCUUUUGACCCUAACCCCUUGUGGAUUGAGGUUUGGUGGACAGGAAACUCCUCGCCAGAAGAUUUUAACUGGCUAAUAGAUUACCUCGACGAUGUUUAUUCCAACGACCACGAGACAGCAGGUGACAUCCUUGUACUACUGGGUAGUAUGAAAGUGAGCUGUAGCCCUGCCAAACAACAUCUGUUCAUCAAGAGGCUCAUUGCCUGUAUGGACAGCAGCAUGCCUUACCGUUUACGCCAUGCUGCCAUUCGCGCUGCUCACAGUUCCCGUGAAAUCUUGGCCUCCAUUGAUGCCGUUGAUUAUGGAGAUAUGGUUUUAGCCAAGCUCUCCCCUGCUAUCCUGACCGCAGUUUGUCCACAACCGGGUACAACAUCCGGCGAUGAAGAUCCUGACCGGCCCUUCAAUAUCAAGCGCGACUCGUGCUAUCUCGAACUGGUUUUUGCCCUCGCGAGGAACCCAAACUGGCGCCCCCAUUUAUUUGAGGCUCGCCAUAUUGAUCGGUGCAUCAGCAUGAUUCCAAAGUGCUGUAACAUAUUCAUGCCGCAUGCAUUCUAUUUAGCUGGUAUCUUCCUCCGAAUCACACCUGAACAAUCGUUGGUUACAUCGCUUGAUUCUAUCACGGAGCACCAGUGGUGGGACGUGAUAUGUAUGGCAUGGCCACAUGCUUCCUCCAUAAUCGAGGAUGACAUACAUUGUUUCGAAUCUCUUCCCGUUCUUGUGGAAGGCACAAGAAAAUAUAUCCAUACCGCUUCAAAACCUAGUCUCAAGUGGCUCAUCAGAGAUGUGGAUAGUGUUCUUAACACGGUGGAGAGACGAUAUUCAGAGAAGGGAGAGGGGGUCGUUGCUGCUGUGAAGGAGUUGAGAGGUGUAGCCCAUGGCAUGUUUUAGAGGUACAGUCAAUAAUUAUUGGGCAAGAAACACGUCUCUUGGUUAUCACGGG